UGCUUUUUAGUGCAGAGAACUGGUGGAAAAACUCUCUCACUGUAGUCUGAACUCAAAACAUGGCGACGGUGGCUCAACUUCGAUACUCUCCUCUCUCUAACCAUUACAAUUUCCCCGGAAACCGUCAUGUUGUAUCUCCAAAUCCCCGUUUUCCGGCGGCGUCUUUUCCUGUUCAUUUCUCUUCCCCCUCUACCUCCUCUUCAAAUCUAUCUUCCUCGUUUCCGAAAACCAGAGCUUCUGACACGAGCUCCCUCGGAAAGUUCGACCUUUCCGAUGCCGGAGGCAAUGGAGGCAGUGGAUCCGGCCGCGGAACAGGUGGCGGUGGCAAUGACGGGUGGAAUUCUGGUCAUAGUGGUAGCGGGGAUUCUGAGGAUCGAUCGUCAUCGUCAUCUUCAGGUUUAGGAAUUCUAGGGCUUUUCUUGAACGGAUGGAGGUCAAGGGUAGGCGCAGACCCUCAGUUCCCCUUCAAGGUUUUGAUGGAGGAAAUAGUCGGGGUUAGCGCGUGCGUUCUCGGGGACAUGGCGUCUCGCCCUAAUUUCGGACUUAACGAGCUCGAUUUUGUGUUCUCGACUCUCGUCGUCGGAUCGAUUCUGAACUUCGUCCUUAUGUAUCUUUUAGCUCCAACGGUGGCUUCGUCUUCGCCCAGCCUCCCUGCGAUUUUCGCAAGCUGCCCGACAAGCCACAUGUUUGAAUCAGGAGCGUACAGCGUGCUCGAUCGGUUUGGGACGUUUGUGUACAAAGGGGUUCUGUUUGCUGCAGUUGGGUUCGCGGCGGGGCUCGUGGGGACUGCGAUUUCGAAUGGGUUGAUUAAGAUGAGGAAGAAGAUGGAUCCCAACUUUGAGACGCCGAAUAAGCCCCCUCCGACCGUGCUGAAUGCUAUUACUUGGGCGAUUCAUAUGGGUGUUAGCAGUAAUUUCAGGUAUCAGACCUUGAACGGGAUUGAGUUCCUGCUGGCGAAGGGUCUGCCGCCGUCGGGAUUUAAGGCGUCGGUGCUGGUUUUGAGGUGUUUGAACAAUGUCCUUGGAGGGUUUUCGUUUGUGUUGUUGGCGAGGCUGACGGGGUCACAGAAGGUCGAAGAAGGGAAGAGUGUGGAGACAACCAAGGAAGCUGGUUUGGCUGAGGAGAAAGUAAGGUUAAUCGAGAAGAGUGAGGAUUUGCAGAGCAGCAGUCAGUCUGGUUGUAAGUGAUCUGGUUAGUCUUCUUUGCUACCCAGCUCUAGAGUAGAAAAGUAAAAUGUGUGUGCUUUUUAUUUUUUAUUUUUUCCUUCUUUUGAAAACUAAAUUGGGAAUGAGACACUGGGUUUGAGUGGGUUUUCACUGAAGGAUGGAUUUUGGGUGUCUCUGAGUUUAUGUAAUUUACAGGUGAAUAUAUGAAAAGGGAAAUAAUCUUUUUAUGUUGGAUCAA